AACGCAGUGUACUCCGGGGAGAGAAAUCUGGGCUAAGAAACCAUCUGGAAGCAGACCAUGGGGAUUCGAUUUUGUGUUGACGGACAGUUCAUGAUCGUUGAAAUUGAGGAUACUGAAGAAAUAACUGAAUGGCGUCUUAGAGAGGCGAAGAGAAAGAAGCAGCAGAAAAAAUCAAAGAAAAAAGAAACAGCAGCAGCCAUAAAGAUCCAGGCCUGGUGGCGUGGCACCCUGGUGCGCCGCACGCUGCUGCACAUGGCUCUCAGGGCCUGCAUCAUCCAGCGCUGGUGGAAGAUGACCCUGCUGAGAAUGCUGGAGAAGAAGCGGCGAGCUGCGCUGCAGGCCUACGCACAGAGGGAGAGGGCAGUGACCAAGCUCCAGUCCUUGGUGCGCAUGUGGCGCGUCCACUGGCGAUACUGCCAGGUGCUCAAUGCUAUCUAUGCCAUCCAAUACCACUGGCAGUGCCAUAACUGCCAGACAUGUGCACAACUCCAGUGCCACUGUGUGGUCACCGCCACCCACCUGCAGUUCCACAUCGAGAUCAGUCACUUCUAAUUU